AUGGCUCGAUGCAAGGCGACCCCUCGUCACCUGACCCCGUCCGGCGGCGAUGCGUCCGCGUCUAGCAGCGAGGCUACCGUCAAGAAAGGAAUGGUUGCCACUGCCGGCAACAUGAGUGGCAGCGACCAACACACAAGCGACAGCCCAGAUCAGACCGCUUUCAGAACCACAUACAACUACGGCGGAGAGUUUGGCGGUCGGAUUAUGGGAUACCACCGCAAGGACUGGCCCUGGAGCAGAAAGAUAAAGUACCCUCUGAUGGAGCCCCGCGCCUCACUCGACUCCGGUGUGACGGGACCCAGCACAGAUGACUAUCGCGAGAGGAAGAAGUGUUACAAGGACACCUCCACGCAAACGCCAAACCAUAAGGAUUCGUCGACGCAGACAUCCAUAGGCGUAGCCGUAAGAGAGCGGCCGGCUGUCCAGACGCCAGAGACGGGAGGAUCCGGCUAUAUCGCCCAGAGUUCUGCCGCCAGACGGCGGCAUCGGAAGAGGAUGAUGAGAAUCGCCUCGCUUCCCGAGACCUUGGGAGCGACGAAGCGGUCACAGAGGAUCGGCCAUAAGGGGCGCAAGGACAAAGCGAUGUAA